AACACUGUCCUCGCAGUGCUGCUAGCUGGUGGCAUAAUUAUUCUAUCCCAGGCAUCACAAUCUCUUGCUCUUGUUGUUAACACAGGAAUUGCACGUGACAGGAACGGUAACCAGUAUCGCCACUCUGGAGUACCAGAGCUAAUAAUAGAAAUGAAAAACCUGCUCUUUCUGACGCGUAAUUCCGUUGUUGAUGGACGGUUUCUGAGACUGAAAUCAGCUCAUAUGUCUCUGCGUAAGACAUGGCAGACGUGUCUUAUGGAGGAGAUUGCUACCCCUGAUGAUAACUACGGAAACUGGAAGUUUCAGGCUGUUAAUUGCCCUUCAUUUCUGGCUGCUGCUUUAGCUAGAGCAACUUCAGAUGAAGUCCUUCAGAGUGAUCUUUCAGUACUCUACUUACCAAAGCAUGUGGACAACGCAGAUGGGAUCAUACAGAUUGAGACAGUGAAGCUAGCCCGCUUAGUUUUUAGCAAACUGCAUGAGAUCUGCAGCAACUGGGUGAAAGACUUUCCACUCCAGCCGAAACCCCACCGCUACUACGAGACCUCCAUCCAUGCCAUCAAGAAUAUGCGCAGGAAGAUGGAAGACAAGCACGUCUGCAUCCCAGACUUCAACAUGCUCUUCAACCUGGAGGACCAAGAAGAGCAAGCUUAUUUUGCAGUGUUUGAUGGUCAUGGGGGAGUAGAUGCUGCCAUCUACGCCUCCAUCCACCUCCACGUGAACAUGGUCCAUCAGGAGAUGUUUCAGCAUGACCCGGCAGAAGCGCUGUGCCGAGCUUUCCGGGUGACCGACGAGCGCUUUGUCCAGAAGGCAGCCAGAGAGAGUCUGCGUUGUGGAACCACCGGGGUGGUGACUUUCAUCCGAGGAAAUAUGCUGCAUGUGGCUUGGCUUGGGGACUCCCAGGUUAUGCUUGUGAGGAGAGGCCAAGCUGUGGAACUGAUGAAACCCCACAAACCAGAUCGAGAGGAUGAGAAGAAGCGCAUCGAGGCACUUGGUGGCUGUGUGGUCUGGUUUGGAGCCUGGAGGGUGAACGGGAGCCUGUCAGUCUCCAGAGCUAUUGGGGACGCUGAGCACAAGCCAUAUAUCUGUGGGGAUGCAGACUCUGCCUCCACUGUACUAGAUGGCUCUGAAGACUACCUCAUUUUAGCCUGCGAUGGCUUCUAUGACACAGUCAAUCCCGAUGAGGCAGUCAAAGUGGUGGCUGACCAUCUAAAGGAGAAUAAUGGCGACAGCAGCAUGGUAGCACAUAAAUUAGUGGCAUCCGCUCGGGAUGCCGGUUCCAGCGACAACAUUACUGUCAUCGUGGUAUUUCUCAGGGACAUGAACGCAGCAGUCAAUGUUAGCGAGGAGUCGGACUGGACGGAGAACUCUUUUCAAGGUGGGCAAGAAGACAGCGGGGAAGAUAAGGAAAACCAUGGAGACUGCAAACGACCGUGGCCCCAGCACCAGUGCUCAGCACCCGCAGACCUAGGGUAUGAUGGACGAGUGGAUUCCUUCACCGACAGAACUAGCUUAAGCACAGGAUCCAGCGUUAACCUGUUUGAUGAUCAAGGCUAUUUAGACCUGACAAAAACAGAAACUAGUACACCUCAGAGUGCCAAAUGUCUGCCACCAAUUCAAGCGUUUAGUCCUGGCCUACCAAAGAGUGUGAAUUUGGUCAACGGCUUAACAGUGAAGAACGAGUCACCAGAGCGCACCACGUCAUCCGUCUGCGGACAGAGCGACCCCAGGGAGUACAACGCUCCUCUUAGUUUGGGUGCUGCGGGGCAGAGCAUCUACAGGGUGAAGGGUUUAUCCUCCGUCUUCUUUGGGCUGGAAGAUGAACUGCUCAAAUCCUUGGGAAAACGAGCUGCGCUCUUUCACUCCCGGCUCUGUACCGGGAAGAGGCGACGAGGAGCCAGGCUCAAACCAAAGUUCCGCGCGCCGCUCCUGGCUCGUGAGCCUUCCCACAUAGAAGGGUCGGGUCUGUCCUUACCUGUCCGGGGCCGCGGUAGCACGAGGCUGUCGCAACGGGGGCCGGGCGGACGGAGCCGUCCAAAGCAGACGGAAACGCCGUGGGUGCGGAUGAGCAGGGGCUGCGCUUGGGGCUUAGUGGAGAGGGUGAAACUCCCUGGCAAGCCGCAGCUCUGCUUCGGUUAA